GACAUGUAAAUGUCAAAUUAACGUACAAUUGAGAACUAUUGAAAAACUGUAUUUACAGUCGCCUGGGUAUUUUACGCACGGCCGUGGCUUGGGCGUGCGGUAAAGUGACAGUUUUACCGCACGGCCAAAACUAUCUUUAUAUACAUUUAUAAAAAAAAACAUUUGUAAGAUGAUAACAUUUUAAAUAAAACGCUCGAUACACAACCUUUAAAUCUUAGAAUUACAAAAAUAACUAUUUUUUUUACAUUUUUAAUUUCAGUUAGAUUGGCGUCAUCUUGUGUUGCGUUAAUGUGUUAACGUCUUACAGAUUACUACAAUGUCACAUAUUGACAUAAAAUUUGAAUCAAUUACGAGAAACAAUAAUAAUAAUUAGCAAUUGAUAAUUACGAGAUAAAAAGAGUUUCAACGUUUGGAUUGUUGAAAGAACUCAUAUUUACUUCAAAAGUGGGCCUUUUUGAAGCGGAUGGCCCAGUUGAAGUGGAUGGUUCAGUUGAAGUGGAUGGUCCAGGCUCUGUCAUCAUAUGGGCCACAUCAAUCUUUCUUUUUAGCGAUUCAGCAACAUAACCUUCUGCUACUUUACCGCUUUUCCACCCCCCAUGCCUUUUUAUAGUUAGAAGGUCCCCUCCUCGAUUUGCCAACCAAGUCACUGAGGUUCUCCUAAAACAGUGUCCUGUGUAUUGGGAAGGAUCCUCUAACUUUAAAAAUUCAGCGAUCUUGCGUGGAAUGGCACCAAUGCUAUUAAUACCAACAGGCACAGCACAACAUUUGCCUUUUUCAUAUCUCAAAAAAACACGAUCUGGUACUUUAGUGAUUUUUGAUCUUAUUUGUAAGUAUUUUUGAAUGACGGUCACCCAUUCUUUUUUUGUUAUUGCAAAAGAUCUACUUAUAUKAGUUUUUGUUUUAGGGAUUGUAAUAAUAAAAAUAUCAUCUUUUUGUUCAAGAUCUUUCAGAACCAUAUUUGUUAGUUCUUCUCGACGUAAAGCGCCGGACACACCAAUUAUCAAAACGACCUGGAACAAUGUUAAAAUCAAAGCUAAGACGUAAAAUGUUGUGAUUGUUACAGUUUUAAGUGUAGUUGAAGGGAUUCUUUAUGUUCAUAUGUAAUGAAUGCUUACUUACCUUCAUAAGUAAAAAAUUGUAAUCAGAAGCCUGGGACAGAAAAGCUUCAAAGUUUUCUUCAUCCAAAAUUUUACUUUUUUUAGGGGUAUAGUAUUCGGUUUUCCUUUUUAAAUAAGUUACUAAUUUUCCAUAUUUUGAUAUAUCAAUAUUUUUGUUUAGCAUAAUACAUGAUUUUAGCAUUGAAUAAAUUGCCCAUAGAGACUUUUUAUUUUUGUUUACCAAAUCAGUGAAAUAGGCUAACAGGACAUUUUCAGAAAAAGACUUAACCCCUUUUUCUUCGCACCAGUUUACAAAUACAUUGUAUUGCGCUUCAUACCUUGCCCGCGAUUUUUGGGGCAAUAGCUCGGUAGAAGCAUUUUGUGCAGCGCUUCUGAUUUCUGGYGGGGUAUUAUCACUAUUAUCGCUAUUAUCACUCGACAUUUUGAAACUUUAAAACUUUAUGUCUGAGACGUUUUGCGUCUUUUUUAAUUGUUUGACAUUAGAGCGCAUAGCCACCGUGAUAUUUAUGUCAAACGUAUUUAUUUGCAUUAAUUCUGAAUUUUGUAAUUUUGGAUUUUUGUUUAAACGUCGGCCAAAAAGCUUAAUACAAAUCUUGUGCGUUAACCAUUUUACAGUGCUCAAUUAUUAAAGCACUCCGCUGCGCGUCGUGCUUCAAAUUCAUUUCGCACUGUAAAAUGUAAGUUACCGCACACGAAUGUAAAUAACUAAUCUACAAUCUGCUACGAUCACGCCGACAAUAAGAUUUCGACUAGGACUUUUACUGAAAAUUUGAAGCUCGGUCCUAAAUCACUAUCUGGAAUCAAACAUAACAAGUUCCACAAUUCAAGAUAAUUUGUAAUCGAAUCACCUUUGCAUUCGAGAACGUAUGUCUAACUGUACGUGAAACGUCAAAUAACACGUAAAACGGCAAAAUGGGCUGGAAUUAGUCGCCGACGUAUAAUAAUACGAGUAGGACCGCUCUUUUUUGAAGUGUCUGUCGCACAAGAGUAAGCAGCAAGAAUUGUAAUGAAUGUGACGGGUAGUGUUAUUUUCUUGUUUUUAUUGCUAAGUUCUAUUAAUAAUAAUUUUUGCAAGUGUUGUAUUGACACCCCACAUUUAUUCCAAAUAACUCCCCCCGUUGACCAUACAGAAGGCCCCACUUGGGACAGUCGCAAAGACAUCCUAUAUUUCGUCGACAUUCACGCUGGAGACAUCUAUGCUUUCAAAUUUCUAACCGGUAAAUUGGAUUCCAUUCAUUUAAACGGUGAAGUGACUCCAGUUAUACCAUCAAGAACUGACCCGGAAAUUCUGAUUGUUGGGGUAGACAGAAAUGUAGUAGCUGUGGAGUGGAACGGUAAAAGUAAAUUUUAUCGAACCAAACCUUUAACAACUGUAUCAAAACAAUUCCCAACGAGCCGCUUCAAUGACGGUAAAGCCGAUAAACAAGGUCGCUUGUGGUUUGGUACUAUGGGUUUUGAGGAUUCGCGAGGUGUGACCCCAAAUCAAGGUGUUUUAUACAAAAUAACACGCGAGAACUUGGGUGAUCCUGAAGUGAUGGUCGCACCCGUGAAUAUAAGCAAUGGCCUUACUUGGAAUUAUGCAAACGACAAAUUUUAUUACAUAGAUACACCAACGCGAAAAAUCGUAGAGUAUGAUUACGACGAUGAAAAAGGUACAAUUAGAAACGGACGAGUAGUUUUUGAUCUUGCGUUGUAUGACUCAAUUAAGGGUAAUCCCGAUGGAAUGACCAUAGACCGGGAUGAUAAUUUAUGGAUUGCGCUUUAUGGUGGCGGGGCUGUCAUCAAGGUUGAUCCCAGAACAGGCCAUCUACUUCAAGUUGUAGGCAUUCCUGCUGAAGCUGUGACGUCAGUAAUGUGGGGAGGCCCUAAUAUGGACCUUCUCUUUAUAACAACAUCAAGAACAUCAUUAAGUCAAGAGCAGAGAUUGAUGCAACCGCUCGCUGGAAGUGUUUUUGCUUUAGCUGGUUUAGGGACCAGCGGGUGGCAGGUUUUCGAUGCUGAUAUUGUGGACAAAAUAUAAUAAUUACAUGUGAUGCGAGCAUUGUCCAAAUCUUGUAAAAUUUUCUUUUUGUUUUCAUUCAGAGCCUUGUUACGUUGGACCAAUUGUACCUACUCAAAUAACUUGUAUACAGGGUGAUAUUAGUAAUUGUCCAAAAUUUUAAAAGGUGGUCGUAUCCGAAUGUUUAUAGUUGUUGAGAUAUAAGGUGCAAUCUUCAAUUUAGCCUCGGAAAAUUUGUCAAAAAAAUAUAGUUUGAACGAAUUUCGUAAUUUCGUAGUCCAAAAAUUUUAGAUUUCUAAUAAUCGAUUUUUAUUUUUUAACUCAAAAUAUGAGAACCUGUGGCUGUUAUUGAUAAGUUUAGCUAUUAUUUUAACAAUGUAAAAGAUUUUGAAGAGCUAACUUCAGAUACCAUAUUUGUUUAUAAUUUCUGUCAUAGAAAAGAGAGAUAAAGAAAGAUUUUUGUUGUUAGUAAGUUCGAAACUAAGCGCCUUUAAAUUUAUUUGGCUCUAUAUCGCAAAAACUACCGUGUGAUUUUUUAAAUUUCUGUUCUAGUUGUCCAUGAGACUUACAUCUAUCUGUCUAUUUCAAGAGUACAGUGUUGGUUGUAAAUGAUUCAAAUGUGAUUUCUGAUACUUAGCCAAUCCAAAAUGUACCGUUCUAGUUACGCGAUACGUAUGUGUCAUGGACAACUAUAAAAGAAAUUUAAAAACAUCACACAGAAUGAAAAUUUGGAUAAGAGAAGUUGAGUUAUUUCUGCAUCUUUCGUUCUCUAAACAGAGUGUUUCAGAUCUCGUGCCCCAAAGAACAUGUCAAGUAAGAUAAGAUACUUACUAGGAACAUGAAAAAAAUGUUAAAAAAUUCUAUCUACAGUAUGUCCCCGGAUUGAGUUUACAAAAUAAAAAAAAUAUUUUUUAUCUUUGAUUUUACGCCAAAAU